AUGGCCGAUCGACAGUUAUCGCCAGAGGAAAAGCUUUCCCUUAUAACGGAUCAGCUGCAGGAAGUCCUGCACAAAGAUAUCUUGGAGAGAGUGGUCCUGCAGGAACAGAGACCACUGGUUAUCUACUGGGGAACUGCGACGACCGGACGGCCUCACUGCGGGUACUUUGUGCCAAUGAUGAAGAUUGCCCACUUUCUCCGAGCCGGGUGUCGAGUCAAGAUCCUACUGGCCGAUAUCCAUGGUUUCCUCGACAAUCUCAAAGCGCCUAUCGAACUGGUCAAAUUUCGCGCAGAGUACUACAAGUUCAUUAUUCAGGCUCUUCUGCGAGCCGUGGGUGUGAGCCUGGAAAAGCUGGAGUUUGUGUUGGGUUCAUCUUACCAGUUGAGCGCCGACUACACCAUGGACAUUUUCAGACUCAGCAGUAUGGUCACGGAGCACGAUGCAAAGAAGGCCGGCGCCGAAGUGGUGAAGCAAGUCGAUAAUGCACCGUUAUCGGGUUUGAUCUACCCUCUGAUGCAGGCCCUUGACGAGGAACAUCUUGGAGUCGAUGCCCAGUUUGGAGGUGUUGACCAACGGAAAAUCUUUGCUCUUGCACAAGAGACUCUGCCGAAAAUCGGGUACAAAGAGCGAGCACAUCUCAUGAACCCCAUGGUGCCUGGGCUGGCAGGAGGCAAAAUGUCUGCUUCUGAUCCCGACUCCAAGAUCGACAUCCUGGACACGGCUGAGGUGGUCAAGAAGAAGCUGCGCAAAGCUUAUGCCGCCGCCGGAGAGGUGGAAGGCAACGGCAUCAUCUCCUUUGUUGAGUAUGUUUUAUUGCCCAUCAGCGCUCUGAAGGAUCCGGAGCAUAAAGGCCGGUUCGUGUGCGAGAGAAGGGAGGGUGAGGGCGAGCCGCUGGUCUACCACGACAUUGAGACUUUGAAGGAGGACUACAAAGCUGACAGGCUGACGCCGCAGCUGCUCAAAGCGGGCGCGACCGCAGCUCUGAUCGACUUGUUGGCUCCCAUCCAAGCCGAGUUUCAAGCAUCAUCGGAGUGGCAGGAAAUUGAGAAGAAGGCAUACCCUCCCCCGGAACCGAAGAAAAAGAAACAGCCCAAGGACAGAGGCUCAAAAUACCCGGGUGCUGCCAAGGUCAAGGCCAACCCUGAUGGGUCGGUCGAAGGAAAAGACAAGGCCGAGGUUGAUGUGGGCAAAACCGCACAAGAAGCGGUCGCAAAGCUUGAGAUCAAUGGCGAGGGGUCAUGA